AACUGAGUUCUUAUCCAUUGGGUUUUUUCAUUCAAACUGGGUUAAGUAUAAAUAUAGAAGGUUUACCACGAAUGAUAGCAGUUCACAAAGUGUUUCGAAGGAUUAACAACGUGAAGCAAAUUCGAAAGCUCAAAUAUGAAGCUCAUCAUCGCCGUCAUCGCCCUGGUUCUGGCCAUCAGCACCGAAGGAUCCCCUGCUCCAUAUGCCAACGAUGUUGUGGUCUAUACCAACCCAUGGCCCGUGAAGACUAGCACGGUUUGGCCAGCCUACGGUGGAUUGUACGGCGGCGGUAAGAUCGCUGUUGUCCCAGAUGUUGCCUACGGAAAGUACGCUGCCUACCCGAACGUGUAUGGAAACUGGCCAGUCUACGGAAAGAGCUGGGGGUACUCUGCUCCUCCGGUUGUUACCAAGGUUGUGGAUAACGGUCUGUGGAACUACGGUGGGUAUGGAUAUGGCAAUGGAUACGGCCUGGGAUAUAACAAGUACUGGUAGUGAGGUUUUUAUGUUCGAACGGGAAUAAAGAACUAGUAUUGCAAUCUUGUGAUGCACUCGAAU